CCUCCUAGAUUCCCUAAAGACCUACCUUUGCACAUUAGCCAAAGCUUCAAAAUCAUUGAGCAUAAGGGCCAACGAGUGCAUGGCUCCAGUCCUGACUCAGAAACGUAAGAGGAUGGUUACCAAAGAUGGCCACAGCACCAUGAAGAUAAGCAGGUCCUCGAGAAUUUGUCACACCCGUCUAGCCAAUCUGUGGGGAAUCCUAAUAGACCUAAAAUGGCGGUGGAUGUUGGUGGUCUAUCCCGCAUCUUUUGUGAUUCAAUGGCUCGUCUUCGCGGUCUUCUGGUACAUUUUAGCUGAAGUGAAUGGCGAUCUUUGGAUAGACCAUGACAACCCUCCCCAAAACCAUACUGUCUGUGUAAGAUAUGUCACCAGCUUCAAAACUGCAUUUUCCUUCUCACUGGAGACACAGCUCACGAUUGGCUAUGGUACCAUGUACCCCAGUGGCGAGUGUCUAGCUUCCAUUACCUUACUAGCUGCCCAAAUGCUCUCGGGACUCAUGCUGGAGUCCUUUAUCACAGGUGCCUUUGUGGCAAAGAUCGCCCGCCCAAAGAAUGGAAUUUACUCCAUCCGAUUUACUGACUUGGCAGUAGUAGCCCACAUAGGUGGUAUACCAAAUCUUAUCUUCCAAGUGGCCAACGUUCAACCUAGACCACUCACCAACGUCCACGUCUCUGCCAUUCUCUACGAGGAACGAGAAAAUGAUCAACUCUACCAGACCAGUGUGGACUUCCAUCUUGACAGUAUCAAUUCCACAGAAUGCCCAUUAUUUAUCUUUCCACUGACCUACUAUCACUCCAUUACACCGUCGAGUCCUCUAGCUGCUUUCCUCCAGCAUGAAGAUCCUGGCCAUUUUGAAUUAGUUGUUUUCAUCUCAGCUAUUCAAGAGGUCACAGGAGAACCAUACCAUAGGAGGACAUCCUACCUACCAUCAGAGAUUAUGCUGAAUCAUUAUUUUGCCUCUAUAAUUACUCGAGAUUCUAACGGUGAAUAUAUUAUCAAAAUGGAGAAUUUUGACAAAACUAUCCCUGAAUUUCCAACAGCUGCAGAUCCUAAGAGCUCAAAAAGGACUGACAUAGGAAUCCAUAUUAAUGGACAACACAUUGAUAAUUUUCAGAUCUCUGAGACUGGGGUAGCUGAAUAGAUUCAAAACGUGGAUACAUUUAAAAAAUAUAUUAAACUACUUAACUAGUUGCUUUUCCCCUCAUCAUCGCUAUUCCAUUAUCUUUUUCUUCA